AUGGCGAAUUCUUCUUCCAUGGUCUACUACGGAGGAGCUUCGGUUGUGAUUCCGUUCGAUUGGGAAUCACACCCCGGAACCCCUAAACACUCUUCGUCCGACACCGCCCUUACUCCUUUAGCUCCGCCUCCUUUGUAUCAUUCUUCAAUGAAGUCAAAGUCGAAACAGAAACAGAUGACGAAGAAGAGUCUGAAACCUUCGACCCUUUUAGGCUCCAUCUUUCGCAAGCUUAUUGCUCCGAGGAAAAACCACGAAUCUUAUCCAUCAUCAUGGUCACCGUUACAUGGUUCCAGUUCUUUUUCGUCAUUCAUGAAUCGAAAGAUACUUCAUAGGCGAAGGAGCUACUUUUCGUGUUCGUGUUCAAGAUCACAUGUUCACAAUUGUAUGGAUGAUGAGGACGACGAUAAUAAUAGAAUCGGAUCACCGGGAUUGUGUUUCGGGUUUAAAGCUAAACCAAGGAAUCAGAUUGAGUUUGGAGGGAGUCGGUCAAUAGAAAAGAUGAAGAAAGCAGUGCUAUCGGAUUAG